AUAUAAUAUACCUGUUCAUAGUUGAGUUCCACUGAACUACGUGAAUUACAGUUUACAACCUCGUAUUUAUUAAAUCGUUUAAUAUCUUGUCUUUGUAUAUGCUAAUUUUUAUUUUAAACAAUGAGUCUUAUAGCGUACGGUAGUAGCGAUGAUAAUUCUGAAGAUGAAGAAGUUAAUUCCGGUGAAUGUAGUGAUGAUAAAAAUAAAAUCACGAUUCUAACCAAAUCUUUGAAGAAGGAUUUAUGUGUACCUUCUUCAAAAAAUAACACAGAUGUAAAAAUAAUUGUAAAUAAUGAAUCAUUAUCAAAAUUUAAUUGGAGUACAUUGCCAAAACCAAUAAAUGUGAACGCAGAGAAAAUGGAUUUGAAGGAGGAGGGUGAUAUUCCAAUGAAGAAGGAAUUAGAACAAGAGAAAAGGCCAACUAAAAAGCCAGUUAAAAUAAUGAUUCGAUCCUUAUGUGAAUUCAAAGAUUUAGAUGAAGAGGAUAAGAAAAAACCAAAUAGGAUUGCACCAAUAGAAAAAGGAUCAGGACUUUUCUCUAUCUUACCACCUCCUAAGAUACUGGAACAAAAAAGUAUUAAACCUUUAAUACCAAAUGUUGUCGUUAAGUCACAAAACGUAUCGACUACAAAAAAUAUUAUAUUACCUAGCGAUAAGUUGAAAGAAUCAAAUUACGAAUCAAAUUCUGAAGAUGAAGAAGAAAGCGAUGCAAAUAAAAAUAAUUAUCACGGAUCUGGCAUGGAUUUCUUUGCUUUGAAUACAGUAAAAUCUAUCACAGAUACAGAUUCUAUAACGUUGGAUUUAAAGAAUACAGAAAGUAAUGAUUUUGUAUCGACGUCAACAUUUUUGAAUGAAUCUAAAGCAAAAGAUAAUACAAAUGAAAAUAAUAUUGUACAUUGCAAUAAUACGGAAAAGUAUAUUCAAAAUUCGAAUUUGACAUUAAUAAGUAAUGUUAUAAAUUUACCGAAAGAAGAAAUAUUAAUAAAAAAUAAAGCAGAAAUUGGACCAAAAUUACCCAUUCCUGAACAAGAAUAUAACGUAGAUGCCGAAGGUAAUGUAGCAUUUGAUGAAAAAGCUAUAGAAUAUUUGUGCGGUAAGAGAGGUAUAAAGAGAAAAUGUAAGGAAGUGGAAGAAGCAAACAUAAUUGAAAUAAGUGGCGAUGAUAUUAAACCCGAUGAAAGGGAAUGGUUAGUGAAGGCAUUAACGGAAGAACCUGUACAGAGGCCUGUGUCUAUGCAAAGUAGUGGAAUUAAUUUUCAAUCAAAAAAGAAGCAUCAAAUUACAUACUUAGCGCAUCAAGCUAAAGCUAUGGAACUUGAAUUGAAGAAUCAAUGGUCUCUUAACAGAAUGACAAGGAAACAAACACAAUCGAAGUAUGGUUUUUAAAAACAGGUGAAAAUAUCAAAUUAUUUAUCACGAGUGCGAAUCUAUUUCUGAUAAAAUCAUCCUUCAUAAAAAGGUUAUUAUAAUAUAUAACGAUAAAAAAUAAUAUUGUAAUGUUAUAACAGGUAGUGGUAUUUUUCUAGACUAGUAUUUAAUUAUAGAAUUCGAUCGAAACAAUUUUCAAUGGAUGUGAUAUAUUUUUUUCUUCAAAAUAAUUAAUGAUGUUAAUUCUACAGAAUUCGUUCUGUGAAACUAUAUUUGUAAUAUAGUUACAUAAAGUUACAUCCAUUGAGCCGAUGUUUAUGAAAAUGGUUCAAGUUUGAGAUAUUAAAUAACAUAUUUUGUCACACACAAACAUACACACGCGCGCGCGCGCGUUAUUUUUAAUAUUUUAAAAUUAUAUAAAAGAAUUAUGUUUCUUAAGAA